AGUUUUGCUGCAUCCUGGAGUCGAGCACAGCUGCCCCGGUGCAGCAUCACAAAUGACCCUCUGUCUGCACGGUUGUAAACUGAUCCCAGUGUGCUUUAACUGGAUAAAAAAAAAAAAAUACAAGCAGGCCAUAAAGUUAAGCUGGUAAAGUCAAAGUGAGGCGACAGUAAUCACUUCCUUCUCUGUUUUGGUUUGGACCUUGUGGGGUUUUACUCUACAAAUGGAUAAUGGAGACUGGGGACAUAGGAUGACAACACCUGUUACCCUGAACGUGGGAGGCCACCUGUACACCACUAGUCUGUCCACCCUCCAGCGUUAUCCAGACUCCAUGCUUGGUGCCAUGUUCCGGGGGGACUUCCCCACAACUCGUGAUUCCCGGGGGAAUUAUUUCAUCGACCGCGAUGGAACACUUUUCCGGUACAUUCUGAACUUCCUGCGGACGUCUGAGCUCACCCUCCCUUUGGAUUUCACAGAGACAGACCUGCUGAGGAAGGAGGCAGACUUCUACCAGAUUGAACCUUUGAUUCAGUGCCUUAACGACCCCAAGCCGCUGUACCCCCCAGAUAUCUUUGAGCAGGUUGUGGAGCUCUCUAGCACUCGGAAGCUGUCGAAAUACUCAAACCCAGUUGCCGUUAUCAUUACACAGCUAACCAUAACAACGAAGGUUCACGCCCUGCUAGAAGGCAUUUCCAACAACUUUACCAAGUGGAACAAACACAUGAUGGACACCAGAGACUGCCAGGUGUCGUUCACCUUCGGACCAUGUGAUUAUCAUCAAGAGGUGUCUUUAAGAGUUCACCUCAUGGACUACAUAAUGAAACAAGGCUUCACUAUUCGGAACACGCGUGUGCACCACAUGAGUGAGCGUGCAAACGAGAACACCGUGGAGCAUCACUGGACUUUCUGUAGACCCGCUCACAAAGUUGAAGACUAACUAACAGCACAGCAGUUGUUGUUUCCGUGACAUUACUGUUAGAGUUGUCUUUGUAUUACGCAAAUCAAAACACAAACAACUGUCCUCAGUUUUAAUGAUGUACUGCUUUUUUUAUUUUUACCAUGUUUUGACUUUUAUAUGGUACAAUGCUAUAGCUUAAAAACAAGCUAUUAAAAAUGUAGUUUUUUUCUAUUUGCUAAACUAUUUCAAGAAAAUAUUUCUUCAUCUAAUCCCACACAUGAAUUUUCUUACGGUAGAGGUAUUUUUGGUUUUGCAAUCUACAAAACAAAGUAAACUUUUUCCAUUAUUCAGUUAAUCGCAAUGAUGCAAAAACUUGGUAAUUCUGACCAGAAUUGAUUAACAAGUAAUAAAGGGAAUCAAUAGAAUGCAGUUAUAUGAGACUCAUUGCCUGCUUAUGUAGAAAUCUUAAUAUUUAACACUAAUUCAGUUUAACCUCAAUUUGUAGGAACAUGUCUAAAAAAAAAACAUUGGAAAAGGUUGUCCUUGUAAGAAAAAAGUAAACAUUUGUCCCUCCACUGUGAAUGCAGUGUGCUGUUUAAUUACUGUAACUUAUAAAUCUCUUUUGUACCGUAGAUGUAUGGUGAGUAAAAUUAGAUUUAGUCUCUUAGAUCCCUUGUAGACCCCAUGUAUGGUACUAUUAGGCCCCUUCAUAGCUGAUGCAUGUGUCUUGUGUAUGUAUAAUUUAUGUAUCUGCUGCGUCAUAAUGUCAUAGCAACAGUGAUGUGUUUAGUCAUUCCGGCCAAAAUCAAACCAGUUUGUGUAUUUCAUUUCUAUCAUCUAGCUCUGUGGUUUGAAUUUUCCCUGUAUUGCUGAUAUUUUGAGCUGCAACUAAUGACGGGUACAAGCAGUUUUUAAAUUAAACCACACAAUUCAAACCUGUGGAGAAAAACACUAUUUUCUUUCUUGAUUGGAUGAAAAUAAUGCAUGUUUUAGUAUGAAUUCUAAGUAAAAUUUAACUAAAUUUG